CACAAUAAUUAUCUUAUUUGUUUUUAAAAAUGAUAUUAUAUGUAUUGAUUUAUUUUAAUUAUAUAGUAAAAAUAUAAAAAUAUUUAUUAAGGGUAACAAUGACAUUAACCGGUCUAACUUUUAACGUGAGAGCUCCGUUGCAAAAAAUCAUUUUGCAAAUAAUAUUAUAGAUCAUAAGGUUAAAACAAUCGGAUUAUAAUAUACACCCAAAUCUAAUUCUACUUUAGAAUUUUUCAGUGCAUUUUUUUUUCUGUUUAUGUAUUUUCAUCUCUGUUGCAACUCAUAUUCUUAAUUGUUUCUAUAGUAUUUAUUUCUUAAAUUUUAGAAUUAAGAUUUUUGUCUAAAUCUAAUAAUCUAACUGGAUAUACAUCUAGUUGGAUAAGUACAUGCGUCCCCUAUAUGUAUAAACUUUUAGAAUUAAGAUUUUUGUCUAAAUCUGGAUAUACAUCUAGUUGGAUAAGUACAUGCGUCCCCUAUAUGUAUAAACUUGUUGAGUGUAUUUUAGGUAUAAAAUCUGCGAAUUUCAGAACAAAAUAUAUGAUUGUAAGUAUAUAAAUGUGUCAUAAAUAGAUACAGACACAAUACCUUACAUUCAAUCAUUUGACCAUCAUCUUUUUUGUUUGUUUUUUUAGCAAAAAAAUCGUUUUCUUUUGUUAAUGAAAUCAUCGUAUCUUCGUCACAGAAUGGAAAUCAUAGUACGUGUUGUGUUCGUGUUGACGUUACUCAAUUUUGGAUUUGUAAAUAGUCAAAUUUAUGAUGUCCUUAAAUUUGGUGCCGAGGGAGAUGGUACAACCGAUGAUUCAAAGGCUUUUGUAGCAGCAUGGAAAGCUAUGUGCAGUAGUGGUGGGAGUAAUAAAACACUCCUUAUACCUUCAGAUAAUACCUUUUUACUACAACCUCUAGUGUUUCAAGGUCCUUGUAACUCUCCAUCUGUACAAGUUCAGUUGGACGGAAAGAUUGUCGCCCCUCUUAACAAAGCAGCAUGGUCAGGCUUGAAGUCAUACGAAUGGGUCAGUUUUCAUAAAAUCAUCGGCCUAACGGUCCUUGGUUCAGGAACAAUCAAUGGACGUGGUUCAUCUUUCUGGGAGGCCAAUAUGCCAGCAUCUAAACGCCCUACUCAAUUGCAUUUUAAAGGAUGCAAUAAUCUUGAAAUAAAUGGAAUAACCUCAUUCGAUAGCCCGAGAAAUCAUAUCUCAAUCCGCGAUUGCAGACAAGUGAAAAUCACGCAGAUAAAACUUAUUGCGCCUGGUGAUAGUCCUAACACCGAUGGAAUUGAUAUUUCAACAUCAACUAAUGUAGAAAUAUAUGAUACUAUAGUUGGAACUGGAGAUGAUUGUGUAGCUUUAAACAGUGGAAGUAUAAAUAUCAACAUCACAAGGAUGCAAUGUGGUCCUGGACAUGGAAUAAGUGUGGGAAGUUUAGGAAGAGAUGGAGAAGAAUCUAUAGUUGAGAACGUCCAAGUGACUAACUGUACUUUCAGUGAGACGACCAAUGGAGCGAGAAUUAAGACAUGGCCGAAUGGAAAAGGAUAUGCAAGGAAUAUAGUUUUCAAGGAUAUCACGCUCACUGAAACCAAAAAUCCAAUUAUAAUCGAUCAACACUAUAUGGACAAGGGACAUAUCCACGUAGAGGAAUCAUCAGCAGUGGCGAUAAGCAACGUGAUAUUCACAGAUAUUCAUGGAACGUCACAAAAAGAUGAGAUUAUAAAGAUAGAUUGCAGCGGAGUCACAUCUUGCAAAGAUAUUGUUCUAGAUAGAAUUGAUAUUACUACGGUCGAUGGAAAUAAGCCAAUAAUUGAAUGCAGUAACGCGUAUGGAAAGUCGACGAAUACUUAUGAUGGUUGCUUGAAGACAAAGUAAUAUAUCUUUAUAUAUCAAAUUAAAUUAAUUUAUAAAUUGAGAAUAAUAUAUCAGAUGAAUGUAAUAGUAUAUUAUCAUUUAUCAACUAUUAUGUAUUCAUGAUUGAAUAAUUUUUUUGUGUGGAAAUAACUCACAAACAUGACCGUGAGAAUUUGUUUUCUUAGUUAAAAAAGAACACAUCAGUUCUCCAGAGGUUUACUAAUGAUGGGAUUAAAUGGUUCUAUCUUUUAAUAAAUUAAAAAUUUCAAAAAUUUCAUAAAAUAUUUUCUAAAGUUCUAUAUAAAAUAAGUAAUAAUCAUGACACUGAAGAAAAGAAGAAAAUUAUAAAUAAUAAUAUAUUCAAAUUUAAAAUUAAAAGUUCAUUAUAUUUAUUUACAUAUUUAUAUUAAGAUUAUAUUUUAUAAACACUUUCUAUUCUUAAAUGUUCACAUAUACUGGGAACUUAUAUGAAAAAUCAAAUGAUGACUUUUUCCUUUUGUUGGUCUAAAAUCUAACUGUUAAUUUUAAAAAUAAAAUGGACAUAUAAAAAAAAACAAUAAUAACCAUUUAAUUUUACUAAAAAUUUAUUUUAUAUAAUUCUAAAUUCAUAAAUUUUCAAAUCAUCGACAGUAAAAUUAAUGCACUUGAAAUGUGACUCAGAUAUAAAUGUAAGUAUUUUGAAUAAAUUAAUGUAGGACCAUUUUAAAAAAUAUUUUGAAACUUUUAUAAAUGAAGUAGUUAAUGACUGUAGGGAAAAUUGGCCCAAUAACCAAAACAAUUAUAGAGAAAUUUGCUAAAAACAACAUAUUUAUUGAUUUUAACAAGUAAAAGUAGGCAAUCAAAAGGGGUGGCCGAGUAUUUAAUCAAAUGCAAAACUAAUCUAAAGGGGUGGUAAAGUAUUAUUAAACCCUUAUGACCAAAAAAAAAAAAACUAAAACGUAAUUUUACGAUUAUGUCUUUCGUAAGUCUACACGUAACAAAAAGUCUACAUAUAUAUAUACCUCCUAAGAAGUUUACUAUCUAGACUUAUUUUGUAGUCUACAUCAUAAUUUAAUCUAAUAAUUUAAUUUAAAAAAUGUAUUAUAAUUUCUGUUAAAUUUUUAGUUAAUCAUCAAUAUAAGGGUUAAUAUGAAGUUUAGAAAUUAAAAUUAUUUUGUAGUCUACAUCAUAAUUUAAUCUAAUAAUUUAAUUUAACAUAAUUUGCCAAAAAAAACAUAUUUAUUGGUUUUAACCAGUAAAAGUAGCCUGAAUAUUCAAUCAAAUG